GCGUUAAAAAUAAAAGAAGUUCAUAUUUGAUAAUUGUUUAUUUAACAAAGUAUUAAAGCCAGUGCAAUACAUUAGUGUUAUUGUUAUACAGUGAUACUAUGAUGUGUAAGGUUUAAAAAAUCGAAAUAUUAAAAAACUUAUAACUAACAGUAUUAAAACUACCCUAAACUUUAUAUACAAUAAAAAAAAAGUGAUCUGUAUGAAUAUUUACACAAAAGAACGCAAAGAUUAUUAAAGUGUAUACCAGUGUGUGUGCUCAGCCAAACAGUGCAGCUUUGUAUGGUGUAUAUCACACCAUUAAAUACUCCCAUCUACGACAAUCACGAACAGCGCCAUCUAUUGUCUCUCCGAGUAACAAAAUAGUAAAGAUCAAUUACAGUAAGCAACAUGCCGGCAGCUAAGUGUGGUGGAUGUGCAAAAUACUUGUCUCCGCUAGGUGCCGCUACGUGCAGUAUUUGUAAAACACCAUUCCAUCGUGCCUGUGGCGCCUUACCAUCUUCAGGUUCCGUGGCUACAUCGUGGAGUUGUUCCGCUUGCGCACAGAAGAGUCUAAAAUCUGUAAUUGUAGACUCAGCUCCAAAGAUGGACAAUUUGAAUCAAGAGCCUACAACAAAGUUUCCUGGCGAUGAGAAUUUGGGCGCGGAGAUAUUGAAUGUACUACAAAGUUUUAAGGGGGAGCUGCGGGGAGAAUUGCGACACAUGUUUAAGGAGGAGUUCGUUAUGUUUAAAAAUGAAUUAUUAGACGAACUUCAAAGGCUGCGUACGGAUUUAAAUAAGCUACAGACAGACAGGGAUCAACUAAAAUUGUCAUGUGAUUGCCUAAAGGAGCGCUUAGAUAUUAUGGACACCCGGAUGGCAGCUUAUGAGCAAAAACUUAUGGGUCCAUCGGAGGCGAUUAACGAAGUCGCUCAAUUAAGACAGGAGCUUAACCAUCGCGACCAGCAAUUGCUCUCAAAUGAUCUGGAGAUAUCGAACCUACCAGAAAACAGUACCGAGAGCCUCACCCAUACGGUUAAGCUUAUAGCGACCAAGUUGGGUGUUCGCUUAGAUGAUCGCGAUAUUGUCAGCGCGGAUCGUGCCGGGGGCAGACGCGUGAACGCGACGAGUGCCGCGGGUGCAGUGGAGAGCAGGCCCCGUCCUAUCGUCGUGCGCUUUGCACGCCGCGACCUGCGCGACGAAUUGAUGCGCGCUGCACGGGUGCGUCGAGGAGCUAACACCAGUGAUCUCGGCCUGCCAGGGCAGACGCGUAGAUUCUAUUUGAAUGAACGCCUGACCAAAAGUAACCGACUGUUGUUUCGUCGUGCACGCGAAGCCGGUCAACGCCUUGCUUGGAAAUUUGUAUGGACGAAGCAUGGGCGUAUACUUGCGCGGCAAUAUGCCGACGAUAAAGCGGUUAUCAUCCGGAGUGAAACCGAUCUUCAGCAUAUUUUUGGUCCCGAUGCAUAAUGUUCGUCCAAUUAAUAUAUUAUAUUAUAGUUCUAGAGUUUACGGUGCUAUUACUAUUAAGUACUUGAUACAACAUACAUAUUUUCAUUACAUCAGACCCAAUUCACAAUAUUAUAUUUAUUUAAGUCGUGCUGUUUAUCGUAACUGCAAGUGCAAUAGGCAUGUAACCGUAAACAUAAAAAACUUGUUCUUAAUUAUUUUUUUCAUUUUAAACAUAUACAUUUUUUUGUCUGAAUGUAGUUCUUUGUUAUUUUUGCUUAUAGACCGGGAUAUUAUGUUCUUUAUCUUAAAUUCUAAAAACUUGUUUAUUUUUAAUUACUUGUUUAUUUCUAAUGCCGCGUAAUAAUUACAGUAUAAAAUUUGGUCUAUUCAAUGCCGGGUCAUUAUCCACGAAUCACGAUGAAUUUAUAAUUGCUAUGAAUCAUCACCUAGUUGACGUCAUGGCAAUCAAUGAAACGUGGCUGCGUAGGGGAGAGGAGGGCAGAGCGCCGGUGGUUCCUGGUUACCGUUUGCGUCACGCCCCACGCCCAGAGGAUAUUCGUGGAGGAAGAGGGGGAGGUGUUGCAUUCUACAUUAAAUCAGGAACCAAAACCCGAGUUAGUGUUCACCCUUAUCACCCGCAGGUAGAACAAUUGUGGAUGAGUAUUACCGCCAAAUCAAAGAAACUGUUAAUAGGAACGGCAUAUCGGCCUCCAUGGCUGGAUUUAGAUAUUUUUGUGGACGCUAUAACUGACACCCUUUGUGCACUUGCUCCCUACGAUAAAGUUAUAUUGUUGGGUGAUUUUAAUGUUAAUAUGUCUGAUGUAAAUAAUUUUAAAGUGAAUAGAUUUAAGCAAUUUUUAAAAUAUUUUAAUAUGGACCAAAUUGUAAACACACCCACGCAUUUCGUAGGUGAUAGUGCCACUUUAAUUGAUGUGAUUUGUACAGACGCGCGGUCCCGGGGAGUCCAUGUGGAUCACAUUACAGAACUCGGCCAUCACUCAUUUGUUACGUGUAAUAUUGUGUUCGAAACAGAAAAACACACACGUAAAAUUGUCUCAUUUCGCCCUUUUAAAAACAUCUCAGUGGACGACUUUAGGCAAGAUAUAGAUGCUAUAUCUUGGAAUCUAAUUAACGAGUUAGAAAACGUUAAUGAUAUGGUGCAAUAUUUUAAUUUACAUAUCACACGAUUAUUUAAUGCACACGCGCCAUUGAAAAUUAGGUCUUUCAAAACCCAACCAACGCCUUGGAUAACGGACAAUAUAAAGCUAAUGUUCAAACUUCGAAAUGAUGCUCGUAAACGUUACCGCCACACUAAACUUCAGGCACAUAAACAAUAUUACUUAGAUCUUAAACAUUUAGCUAUAGUUAGUUUACUUAACGAAAAGAAAGCGUACUUUAAUAAGUAUAUUAAUGAGAAUAUACAUAAUUCAAGAUUACUUUGGUCGAAUUUAAAAAAGCACGUUCGUCCCGAGUGCGCGAAUGAUGAUCAGUGUCUUGAAGAGUUUAAUGAUCCGGACCGUAUAAACUCAGCAUUUCUCGAUGUCCCGGGCGAUCCUAAAAUCACGAUAUCCCAACUGACGUUUUUUGAAUUUAAUCGUUAUAGUAACAAUAUUUUUUCACUUAAACCUACAGACUCAAAAACAAUUCAAAAAAUCAUAAGUAACAUAUCUACCAACGCACAAGGAAUCGAUGGGAUAUCGAAAGAGAUGCUGAACUUAACCCUGCCACAGUCUUUAUCAGCUAUUACAGAAAUAGUGAACAGAUCUAUCACAUCUUGUACAUUUCCAAAUCUAUGGCGGGAAGCAAUAGUGCGACCGCUUCCAAAAAAUAAGAAUCCUCAAACCUGUAAGGAUCUUCGGCCAAUAAGUAUAUUGCCCUGUUUGUCCAAGGUGUUGGAAAAGGUUGUAUAUUUGCAGGUUACAGAUUUUCUUGAAACGAAUGGGAUUUUACCAGAAUUACAGUCGGGUUUUAGAAAGGGCCGCGGUACCACAACAGCAUUAGCUGAUGUCGUUGGUAACAUUCUCGAGGCGCGAGAUCGGGGGGAGGGGACGAUAUUGACAUUACUAGACUUCUCACGAGCUUUUGACACAAUUAAUAUCAACCUACUCAUUUCUAAAUUAUCAUACUACGGUUUUGAUAACCAAACCCUAAAGUGGUUUCACAGUUACCUAACCGGUAGGUCACAACGUGUACAGAUUCAAAAAAGCGAUGGUUCAGUACUCUCCUCCUCUCCACGAUAUAUAUCUAGAGGGGUUCCGCAAGGGUCGCUUUUGGGUCCAAUUUUGUUCAUUUUGUAUAGUGCGGACAUGACGAGUAAUAUAAGAGAUUGCAAAUAUCAUAUUUAUGCGGAUGACACCCAACUUUAUAUCUCCUUUAAUGCAACACAGACAUCUUCUGCCGUUUCUGUUUUAAAUGAGCAACUGGACAGGAUUGCUGCAUGGUCUCUAAAUAACUCACUUGUGUUGAACCCAGAAAAAUCUAAGUUUAUGGUGUUGGGGAGUCAAAAACAAAUCAGGGCUAUAAUUUCAUUGAACCCUGAUGUUAAAAUCAUGGGUCAAAGCAUAGCUCGUGUGGAGACUGCUCGUAGCUUGGGUCUUGUCAUGGACCCGGGACUGCGGUUUGAGAGUCACAUCAAUGGUGUUGUAAAAAAUUGUUUUUACAGAUUGAGGGUUUUGUACGGGAUAAGAGAUUUUCUUAGUAUUACCUUGAGAAAGAGACUGGUAGACAGUUUAAUUUUAUCUAAAUUAAAUUAUUGCGACAUUGUCUACGGCCCCUGUCUGUUGUCCCGUACAGGACGCUUAAUCCAGCGUGUCCAGAAUGCAUGCACACGAUUCUGUUUUGGUGUGGCUCGUAAAAACCACAUUACGCCAUACUUGAAUAAAAACAA